GGCUGCUGAGAAGCGAGUGUCAAUCUCUGGGCUGCUCCUAUUCAGAAUGAUUCAGAUUUUGGAACCCCGUUCUCUUCCACGAUCCAUAAUGCCGGUAGAUAUGGCAGUUAGGAUAUGCCUGGCACAUUCUCCACCGCUAAAAAAAUUUCUCAGCCCCUCCGAUUGCAGGGGAAGAAAUUUUGUUAACCGAUUUAAGCCACUAAGACCAUGCCUCAGUCUGAAAAAGGAAUCCGAAUCCAGGAGCAAUGAGUGGAACCGCUCAAAAUCUAGAAACAAAAAGAGAGUGGUCUUUGCAGACUCCAAAGGACUUUCCUUAACUUCAGUGCAUGUGUUCUCAGAGUUCAAAGAUGAAUCAUCAUUGGAUCUUCAGUUUGACCUGAUAGACCUAGAAGAUAUAACAGCCAGUUUAAAGCUGCAUGAAGAGAAGAACUUGAUACUGGGAUUCACUCAGCCUUCAGCUGAUUAUCUACAGUUCCGCAAUCGCCUGCAGAAGAGUUUCGUCUGCCUAGAGAAUUGCAGCCUUCAGGAAAGAUCAGUCGCAGGUACCAUCAAAGUAAAAAACGUCAACUAUACAAAAUCUGUCAAGAUUCGUAUCACCUUCAACACCUGGAAAUCAUUCGUAGAUGUGGAUUGUGUCUACAUGAACAAUGUCUAUGGAAGCACUGACAGCGACACAUUUUCUUUCGUCAUCGACAUACCCCCCAACAUUCCCAGUCAUGAGAAAAUCGAAUUCUGUAUAUCCUAUGAAAGUGAAGGGCAGGUCUUCUGGGACAACAAUGACGGACAGAACUAUUCAGUGAUACGUGCAGAAUGGAAAUCAGAUGGUGUGCACACACCUUCACCAACUAAAACAGACAUUGCAUCAUAUGAAUAUAAGAAGAAACCACAAAACAAUGACUUUGAUCAGUUUGGAAGCCCCAGAACAUCUGCUGGUCUGUAUCCCGAAUGGCAAAGUUGGGGUAAAAUAGGGGGAUCACCUUACUGGUGAAAAACAGCAUAGAUGUUCAUAUAAAUCUAAACGUCUCAGUGCUGAUGAGACCUCAUUUGCAAACAAACAAAUGAAAAUGCUUAAAAUCAAGUAACAGUAUAAGGAACAAUGAUAACUAUAUGUUCACGGCCAUAUCUUAGGACAGUACGCUUUUAACAAGCACAUUUUCAAAACACAGUAUGUACUGCCUUUGUCUACCGUAGCAUUAGAGUGCUCAGUGCUGAUGCCAUCGGAACCUCUGACGUUGGUCAUAUACACAAAAUAUACAUAUGUGUAAGGUUAAAAUGAUGAGCUGUACACCCUGCAGCUUGUUUUUGUAAACCACAUGAGGAUAGUUCUUACAAGUUGGGCAGCAGUUAGAAUUCAGGAGACCCUUUUUUCGAUAUCUUUUUUUUUUUUUUGGAUGAAUCCAUUGUACGAAAUGGCUAACGAUACAUCGCGGAAGAUCAACCAGCUGCAAAUAUGGAGAAGCAUGUCAUGUAUUUCUAGUGACCUGACACAUAUAGAUGAGCAUGAAACGCACUAGGCACCUGGGAAAGGAGUGUUAGGUUUGAUUUUAAAAGCUGGACUUUUAAAACCUUUCCAAACUCAUACAGGGUGACCCAAAAUUGUACAACUUGCAACCUUGUAGCUGUUGUUAAACUGCAAUUUUCAGCAUACCACCACUAAAUAGUUCAGCAGCAACUAUUGGAUCAUAUUUUGGACAUCCCUGUUAUCAAUUUUUAUGGAGGUAGUUAAAGAAUGAAUGUGUUUGCACUACAAUUUAAGCAAGUAAGGGUACAGAAAGUUCAAACGCACUAAUCAGUCCAUCAUGGUUUGAUUGAUAAAGAAGGGCCCUGCAAUGUUGCUUUAAGCUAUCCCAACAAAUCUGCUUUUAAGUAAAAAAAAAAGGUGCCUUUUCAAAAAAAUAUUGCCACAAACCUAAAAUGCAGAAUUGUAGGUUGUCUGAAUAUUGAAUAGUAGCAAUAUUGUGCCAUUCAGAAAACUCUGCAAAGCCGAACUGCAUAGUUACAACUACACCAUCACUUCUGGAAUAUAGUCUCAAUUUUCUGGACUACUUUCCUUUCCCACUUGAUCCCACUGUGUUCUAGAGGUGUGUGCAAUACAUUGCCAUGCAAUGCUCCUCUCUCCUCUGGCCCGUUGGACUCUGGGAAGCCUAAAACAACGCAUGUAUUAUUUUGGCAGAUUACAUCAACCUUUUAGUGUUAUGUGCAAAUAAAGAACAACUUUUAGGAUAACAAAACCCCCAUCCUCCCUGCCCUGUAAAAAAAAAUUGCACUUGUUUGCAAGGAAUCUGUAAUAGUCUCUUUCUUCUAACUUUUUUUUAAGAUAAUUAAUUACAGAAGUCAGAAAAUUAAAUUUCCUUCAUAUUGAAGGCAACGCAAAUCGUUUUUGCACCUUUAUAUGUGAAUUUGGUAUUUGAUAGAAUUGUAGUUUCCUUAAUGGAUAAAAUGAUUGUAGCUGAUAUUUUUGCACAUCAGAUAGUUGAACCUUUUUUCUUUCCAUUGAGUAAUGACAGCUUUUUAUUAAAUACUUUUUAUGGCACAGAGAAUUAUGUUUUCUUUCCCCUUUGCUUCUUUUUUUCUCUCAAGAACUCUUGCACUUUUUACAUGAAAUAGCUGAGCAGUGUAUUUUUCUAUUUUGUUACGGGCUCUAAUGUGUAUUUCUUGAUGUACAGUACGUUUUGAAGCUGACAAUACUAUAUUUGA